UGGCUGGAAAAAAACACGUGGGUUUUGAGGGUUAACUAUUACCGUAGCUUGCCACUAUAUAUUUAAAAUGAUUUUCAAAACACAGUAACUACAUUCAUUUGCCAGAAAGAACAUAAAUGACCUAGCAUCUAGACAUGUUAUCUGGUGCUGUUGAGGUGAGGAGAUCGGCGGGAAGUGUGUAAGUGAUGAUGGAGACCGCAGCCCUGGUAGUUCCCAUCACUGCUCUGGAGUUCAUAAGGGAGGAGUACCUGCUGAAAGGUGAGGGUCCAAUUUUGACAGUGUACAGCCUCCAAUCUCAGCCCAAAGCCUGUGCCUCACUGAGCGUGCUCCACAACUAUCGCAUCCAUGGCAUCCGCCCCAAACCACAGCCAGCAGACAGAUGGAGCAGUCACCUGGGGGAAGACCUGGUUGUGUUCGGAGGGAAGGCAGUUUGCCUGCUGAGACUGAGUGAUGAAGGGCAGAGGCUGGAGCAGCUGAGCCCCCUUGUGGAGCUGCAGGACUGGGCCCUAGACGUUCACUGGCUCUCUGGAAAUGACGGGCCACUUCUCGGCGUGGCUCUAGCCCACAACUCUGCUCUGCUGCUGGACCCUGCGGAGGGCUGUGUCCUGGCCCUCUCCUCUUGCCAGGAGGGAUGUCUGCUGUACUCUGCCCUGCUCCUGGGUGGGACCUGGGAGAUCUCGGUCCUGGUUGGGGGGACGGUGUUCAAUCAGCUGGUGCUUUGGAGGCCUGGAGGGACACAGCCGAAUAAGAAGGCCCCAGUGGAGAGGCGCCUCCCCGGACACUGUGGCGUCAUAUUCAGCCUCUGUUACCUCCAGGAGACUGGCUGGCUGGCCUCCGCCUCAGACGACCGCAGCGUAAGGGUCUGGAGGGUGGGCGACCUGGGGGGUGCUAGAGAGCCGUGCGGAGACCCAAGGCCGACGUGUCUGCGUGUGCUGUACGGACACCAGGCCAGGGUGUUCAUCGUCAAGCUCUCCCCCGGCCGGGUGUACAGCGGGGGGGAGGACGGGGGCUGUCUGCUGUGGGACUGGGGUGGUGGGGGGAGGGUGGCCAGGACGCUGAAAGGCCAUCGUGCCGGGGGGGUAAGGGCCCUGGCGGUCAGCGAGGGAGGGGAAGGCCGGAGCAGGUGGGUGGCCACUGGGGGGGCGGACGGAGGGGUAAGACUGUGGCAGGUGGAGGGGGAGGAGGAGGAGGACGAAGCAAAGGGAGGGGCAUGGGAAGGGGAGAGCCUGGUGAACCUGGGCUUCAAGGGCCGAGGCGUGCCCAAGGUGGUGCGUGUGGUGGGGGAUGGUCACUGGAGCCAGGGCCUGGUGGUGGUCAACACAGACCAUGGGGAGGUCUGUCUAUACCAGGGGGGGCGCUGGAGUCCCUUGUGGGACGGCGGUCCUGAGUUCCAGUCCUACUGCGUGAUGGAGGUGCUGAGGGUGAAGGGUUGGGGUUCCACCGCGGCCAGGGAGGGGCUUUGCGCGGUUGGCAGCCUGAGCGGGGAGGUGCGGGUCUUCCUCCUGUCCCAGCCGGACACUGGGGUGUCAUUAAGGGGAGGCCUGGGGAAGGUCCACAGUUUGCUGUGGGUGGGGGGGCUGACUGACCGGGAGGGACGGAAGGGGUACCUGCUGGCGUCCGGAGCAGAAGGGCUGGUCCGUCGCUGGCUGUUAGAGGUCGAGAUGAGAGACACAGGACUGGUUCUCAGGGCUCAUCCACUAGAUCCUCUCCUCCUGCCUCCAUGCGCCAAACGCUGGCUCACUGCUGUAGUUUACCUCAAACGCCCGCAGGGGGCGCUGUGGGUGUGUGGAGACAGAAGAGGAUCACUGCUGCUGUUUGAAGAGAAGCACAGGGCAGAUGGCGAAGAGCCUAGCCGCGAGGAGGAUGGGAAAGAAACCUCUUACAGAACAGUUGAAAGUAGCGAUGACAAGGAGGAUAUGACAGUCGAAAAUGGGGGGGCGGAUAAAAGAGGGGAGGAGUCCUGCCGGGUAGGACCGGCCCUCCAGCCUGUCAGCUGUCUUUUUGGGCUUCACGGUAAGCAGGGAGUGACCUGGCUGUGUGACCACCGGGGGCUGCUCUACAGCGCGGGGAGGGACGGCUGCGUCAGGGUCCUCCAGGUUGGACGGCAGGGCCUGGAGGUUCUGAGGGUCCAGCGGGCCUGCAAGGGGAUGGAGUGGCUGGAGAGAGUCAUUAUUCUGGAACCCCGGGACUCACAAGAGGACCAGAAGAGCCCGGAGCUAGAAAGGACCGGGUCCGGGAAAGAAGCCCGCUUCGUGAUGCUGGGUUUUCACUCGGUCCACUUUGUGGUGUGGGACCCUGUGCGGCAGGAGAGGCUGCUGUCCGUGUCUUGCGGAGGAGGCCACCGGUCCUGGAGCUACUGCCCACACCAGGAUGGCCUCUCUGUGGGCCAGGGGGCCCUGGUGUUCAUCAAGCAGGGGGUGGUCCUGGCGUCUCAACCCUCCGGGGAGGCACCUAGCCGGGCAGGGAGCCUGGACCUGAGAGAGGGACUCCAUGGCAGGGGAGUGGGGUGCGUGUGUCAUCUGGGGGUGGUGGGGGAGGCUGGAGAUGGCCACUGGGAUGCACUGGUGACGGGGGGAGAGGACACCAGCUUGACCGUCCUGGCAGUCCAAUCGCAGACGGGCACGGUCAAAGCACUGUCCGUCAUCUCCGACCACAUCUCUAAUAUUCGGACUCUGACUGCAGUUCAACGAUUUGAUGGAAGGACUGGCAGAGGUGAACAAACAGCAGGGCAGCCCCUCUCGGCACUGGUUGUAUCUGCGGGUGGGCGGGCCCAAAUGCAGUGCUACCGGCUGUUGAUUAGAGGGAAUGGCCAGUUAGGCCAGCCUUCUUGUCAGGUGAUACAGGUGGCAAGCCACCGAUUAGAUGGUCAGUGGGAGAGAAAGCGAAACCGGCACAAGACGGUUAAAAUGGACCCUGAAACCAGGUACAUGUCCAUUGCGGUGAUAGAUGAUAGAACAGAGUCAGUGCUCUUGGCGUUGGCUUGCAGUGAUGGGGCUGUGAGGCUAUUCUCAGUCAGUGAGCUGAGAGGGACGUUUGAGCUCUUAUGGGAGAGCUUUCACCACCAGAGAUGUGUACUCAGUGUCGCCACCUGCUGCCUGGAGGACGAACAGGGCAUUCGGCGUGUGUUCCUCUUCAGCACGGCCACAGACGGACGAAUAGCAGUAUGGGAUAUGAGCCCCGUGGCCAACCCAGAAGACAAGGCCCCUACUGAGACCCAAGGUCUGCCUGAGCCCCUUCUGACUAUCCCCGCACACCAGAGUGGAGUCAAUGCUCUUGCCGUAUGGGUUGAAGGCCCAGGGGUGGGACAUAGAAACGGAACCCGGAUUACAUUGGCCAGCGGAGGAGAUGACGGACAGCUGUCGGUGGCUGUCAUUGGAGUGCAGUACCAGGAGGAGGCCAUAGAUGGCAGCGGAGUGCGCCUACAGAUCCUGUCUCAGUGGUCAGUGGCUUCUGCCCACGCUGCCCCUCUGACCGCUCUGGGGAUGCUGAGCCCUGGUCUGCUAGUGUCCACCUCCCCCGAUCAGAGGGUGUGUCUUUGGAGGCUGACCAAUACCGGGCUCAGCCAGCGGGGUGUGCUGUUCUCCCAUGUGGCAGAUGCAGCAGGGCUGGCGGUGUGGAAGGGUUCUGGGGACAGGGCCUGGGCGGUGGUCUGUGGUCAGGGGUUACAGCUGCUCAAGGUGACAGACAUGGAGGAUGGAGGGAACAGGGAGGAGGUAACUGAAGAAAUGUAAUGCGUAGGAGGGAGGAAGGAAUGAGUCAAAGUGUCUUUUCAUCAGUGUUCUCCGGAAGGACAAGACGACCUGAUCUGUUGUGUACGGGACCCAUGCUGUAUGGUGAAUGAAUUGAUUUUGUAUAUCUGGAAUUUGCCUGGGUCACAUAAAAAGGACCUAAAGGUUCAAAUCAUCUAGAUUUUGUAAUGUACAUUUUGAUUUUGAAAUAAACUAUUUA